CCUCAUGCUUGUCAGAUUUCCCAUCCUAUCAGGAUGUGCCCAACACGGAGAAAUGCGGAUGCAGGUCUCAGUUAAAAUAGCUAAGCUCAGAUGAUCAUUGUACGCCUGAUUCAUGAUUGCAGAAUGUUAAUGAGGCUGAAUUGGCAUUCAGCUUCGAUCAUUGAAUAAAUAUAAAUAUGCCAUCGACCAUUUCGUCCAACAUCAGAACCACAACCCAUCACAUCAACCCAAAUCUAACCAAGCUCCACCCUCAACACCACAACAAUGACCUUCCUCACCACCCUCAUCCCCCUCCUCGCCCUCCUUACCCCCGCCCUCACCACCACCACCAACUGCAGCACCGGCUCCUUCACCGUGAUGUCCGUCCGCUCCGGCACUUUCAUCCAAAACCUCCCUCUAACCGCCGCCGGCACCAACUUCUACCUAGGGGGCACGACCUCCACCGCUUGUCCAGAGGACGUAGCGGAGUACGAUGCUUGCCCGCCCGGAAACCAAACCGUAAUCGGCUACAGCAACUACCUGAGCUCCGAGUACAUCCAAGAAAUCUACGUCGACCCCACCGGCGCGCUGAAGUUUGUUGAAGCCCACACAACAUACAUGGAUCCCGGUGCAUCGACAAGCACGUUCUGCUACACGCCGGGUACGAGCUUCGGACAGUGGACGUAUACGGGCCUCGGGGCCACGGGGUUCAUGGCUUGCCCGCUGGAUGAGGAUGAAGAGGUGAAUGGGGGUGGAUAUCAGGUUUUUGCUGCCAUGACGAAUGCGACGGUGCCGUCGGGGAAUGUGAGUGAUUGCUUGGAGUUUGAAGCUCUGGCUUACCCGUGGGUGUCGGAUGGGAGUUCGGCUGCGGCGUGGCAGUAUGAUUGAUCUAUUGGUGGAUAGUUCGUAGGUGACGGAGAGAGUGGAAGAGGGCUAGUAUAUGUUGUUGUUUUUAUUUUUUCUGAAUAUGUGAUGGUACUAUUAUGGUUAUGGUUAAUUAAUAAAUGGAUGUCUGCAUAGCUGGUGAUGCUGUUAACGCUCAUACAAAAGUCAGUAGUAGUACACUACUUACACAACUCUAUAAAAUAGAUAAGCAGAGCACAGGUCACACGAAAUCAACCCACUAAUGAGCUGAAUCAACCCACUCUAACUACCGAUAAACUCCCCAAUAGUAUAUUAUACCUAUAGUAUACCCACCAGCAACCUC